GUUUACAUUAACUCUUCAGGAAUAAGGUCAGUAAUUCGGUCGAAAAUGUGCUUCCGUGGUGUAGUCGAAAGAAGUCCAUAAUAAAUAGAUCCUAAUUUUCCCAUUUUUCGCGCAAAUUCGUGUAGAACGAGUGCUUUAAUCACCAUUUUUCACUACUAGAAUACAUUCUGCAUGAAAUGAGACGGUUUUAAUGUUCAUACACCCCACCUGGCAUGUUUUGCAGAUCGAAACCGGAAGUAGGUGUUUAUUGCGCGGACGAGAGCAAAUAUGCGCCAUUUUUAGGGUAGCAGACCACAACUGACUGGCAUUUCACUAGGAACUACAUAACCCCCUAAUUUCUUUUCAUUUUUUCGUUAGCUUGUGAUAGAACUUGUAUGAAAAAUAGGUGUAGGAAAAAGUGAUGUUCUCUAAAGAUACGUAAAGACGAUCUGAAGUUGUCGUUUUUUAUAUGAAACAAAGAAGGAUUUGAAUUACUGACCUUUAACCUUCAGUUGUAAACUGUCGUUAUUUGAAGACUACAACAUGCGUAAAAAUAUCCCUUUACAUAUAUUUCCUAUUUUAAGCAGAAAAUGUAAGUACAGAAGUGUUACCAGAGAAGCAUGUGUAUGCAAAUGUCUCCAAACAUAUUCAAGUAGGUAAAGCUUCACUCAAGAAUGAAGAUGAAAGACCAAGGCAGAAUUUAACAGGACCCUUGGCAUUUGAUGUAAACAAACAGCGAAAAACAAAGCCUGCAAAAACUUUUAAACUGAAAAUGGUCAAAAACACAGAGAAAGACGAAAAUGGAGAAGAAAAAGAAGCCAAAGCGGAAGAGAUUUUUUCAAAAUCUAACACGCUGAGGGGUGUCAGGUUUGAUGAUAUCAAAAUAGAGCAAUCAAUCAGCAUCCCAGAGUCGGUAGCGUCGUGGCAGGAUUCAUCGUUUGAGGAAUCAUUCAAGGAUCAACUGGCAAAUUACGAUAACUAUUACGGUGACACAACCAAGGGUAAAAAUAAAAAGAUUGCGAAAAUAGAGAACUCGGGCAGAGGUUUUCAUCGUUUCGGAAAGCUAAGCUCGUUCAAAUCCAGUACUGAAAAUCUUAUCAAAAGUUCAAAGGAGGAAAAAAGAGGGGUUAAGGCAGUAAUUGGUGUUAUUUCAGGACUUGUAAUUGGAGUUCUCAUGUUUCUUGUAUACUAUUACAAUUUUGGAUAUACAUUGGCAGAAGCUGGGAUCUUAAUGGCCUUUCUAACUGUACUGUUUUGCUUUGGUAUGGCCCUUUCAUCUUUCAUCAGAUGUAUUAUUGCACUAGUUGUUCCUAAUUUCUUUACUGGGGUUGGAAGAGCAAUUCUGCUAACAGCCAUUUUUGCGUUAAUUCUGAAGCAUCCGGUAUCUAAUAUAUCCCACAAUUCAAGAGAGACAGGAAGUAGUAUGGCGUGUGUUGUUCAACUUGCAGCCAAUCAAACACGAGUACUACAGCGUCAGUUAGCCGCACCUAUAGAAAAUCUAACACAAUACGUAACGGAACAGCAAGAAGAAUUAGAAGAUAUUACACGUGAAAUGCAUUCAAAAUUGGGACCUGUUAAAGAAAUUUUAAAACAGCUAGAAGGAGUAACAACGGCCGACGAAGCUUUAGAUGUUAUCCGAAAGAAAUGCCGAAAUGCUGUUAAUUCUUUGAAUGCAGAAUGUGUGAAUCAAUGUGCAUCUGCCAAUAUUCCUUUCACUGCGCUAUGCAAAGGACCCCUUUGUGAAGGCUUUGACUUUUCUAAAAGCUGUGAUGAUAUCAAACUUGAUGUUGACCUUUAUGACGUUGCCAAGAAAACCAGAUCAGCGCUUGUUGAUGUGAUUAACUAUUUUGAUGUUGAAAUGAACGUCUCAGGAGAAGUCAGCGGCAACGCAAACGUCUCAAAACCUGCAGAAGCCAUACAAGCUGAAGUAGAAAAAGAUAUAGGAGGGAAAUUAGAUGUUGUUCGAAAAUGCCUGUCUUUGUCGCUGUUUCUAAUAUUCAUACAAUCAGUUUGGUACCUUAGAAAUUAUCUAGCCAAAGACGGGUACGACAACAUUUAUAUCACAAAACAAUUUAAACAAAUGGACAAAGAAGCUGAGAAGAACGGUAGAGAAACCGUCCUUCCUUUAAAAACGCGUGAAAAAGACGAAUACGUAAAUACGUCAUCUAUCAAACUAAACGCGACUGAAAUAUCAUACUCCAAACUUGGAUUAAUUCAAGUUUUAUUACAUUUUCUCCUUUACGUUCUUGUCAUUAUCUUUGACUACGCUUUGUAUUAUAUAUUGUACCUGGUAAGAGAAUACGGCGAUAUCGAAUUAGAAAUUGAAUCUCGUGGACGCGUGCAGAUAGUUGUAGCUGGCAACGGUCCAGUGGCGGAGUUUUACAAACUUAUAGUCAGAGGUUAUAAUCUUGAUAGAGGUUUCAAUAUGACGCUUGACAUUGAGCCUUGUUUACCAGAGCCUAGAGAGCCCUCAGCCGCCAUGAUUCCGGUCUUUCUUAUAUUAUACUUCAUAGCCCUCGCUGUUGUUUUACUACGAGCUUAUGGCAUGCGUCUGAGGAGAAAAGUCUCGGCUUACUAUUGCCAGGAGCAGGAGCUGGCCCGACUAGACUACCUGCACAAGAAAAUACGACAUAAGCGUGUGGGAUUUCUAAAAUUCCUGCGCCAACAAAUCAAAUCAACCCAUAAAGAAGAACAAGUUAAAAACCAACUCCGUUUCUCUUCAUGGCUUGCAUUUAAUUGUCCUUUCAUUGCACAGUUCUUGCCUAAGAAGAUCAAACUGGGAUGUACAAGUUGUGGGCAACGAGAGACAAGUUUUAAUAAAGUGAAGUUGACGGAAUGUAACGGGACGAAGGGAGGUGUUCGGUGUGACCCUGUAUAUUGCGAGGAAUGUUACACUUCACUUCAGCAAAUCUGCCCUCUAUGUUCAAGCAAUAAUACCGUUGUGCUCCGAGAGUAGCUGACCAUGAAAUAACAUUCUUCCAUAUGAAAUCCUAAACUAACAUUUAAAAGAUUUAUAUUUUCUAUUUAUAUUUUAUGCGUUCCUUUACUUCGUUUGAACCCUAAGUUGCUUUUUUUUACAUAUUUCAGUUUUAAUACGCGACACAAAAAAUGUGGAAGGCAAAUAAAAAGCGUUACAUCAUGUGGACAGAUAGCGAAAACUAUGUCCGAUGACCGUUCGAUGUAGUAUUAUCACUAGUAAUAUCACUUUAAUACUGGUACCAGAAAUUGCCAUAAAUACUUGUAUAUAUUAAAUUGGCAAAAUUAAUCAAUUUGUACGUUGAAGUACGUAUAAGUUUGGGCGACUUCUUUAUUUUAUAAAUGUAUACGAAGAGUACUUUGCGACGCAAUGUUAAAGCACUGGUAAUCCCUGAAUAACAUAGUUUCCGUAUAAUCAUAACAUGAGCGAAGUUAAGGGGACGCAUACUUUGAAAUUAGAAAAAAGUGGGUGGGGUAUUAUAAAAUUUACCUGCAAAAAAGUUCAAGGUUUUGGUAAAUGAAAUGAAUACUGUUUCAACUGUUAUAACAUAAGACUUCUUGUGUACAUUCAAAGUCAACAAUUAAGACUUUUUGGUGCGAAAAUAAUAGUGCUUCGCUUUGUCCAAACAUUUAUCAAUGUCCUACAGAUUCUAAUUUAAAGAAAGAAUGUGAAAUAAGUUCACUGUCUUGCUUUUCAUUUGGCAUAUGUGAGCUAAAACACAAUAUUUAGUUUGUUUACAAAGUAGUGCAUAAGAAAAGAUACGGUGGUCAAGGAAUGCCACAUUCCAAAAACUAAAAGAGUAUAUUCCCCUUAAUACAUUAAACAUUUAUCGUUACGGAAGUCUAGUGGCUUACAAUAAUGGCCUAGAAAUGUUGCCAUUAUUAAUUUUUAACUUGGUAUUCAUGAACUACAAUGCACUUAAAUAUCAAAACACAUUCAACAAACUUUUGAAAAUGUAUCUUCUUAAAAAUCCCUAAAAUAAGGUAUGAAAUUUGGUUGAGAGGUCCAAUCAAUGUGUAUAUGUGCAAAAGCAACAUUCUAAUCUUGUUCACAAAAGUUACUAAUACACAGCAGGAAUGUCAAUGAUCAAAACUGGACGACUACACAGUUAUCCUCACUUUAAUGUCAUUUAUAAUUUGUCCUUGAAUUCUCCACCAUACUUUUCAUAACUCUGUUUGCACGAGUUGCACGAGAAUGCUGUCAUUCACGUAAAAAAACGGGGUCAAAUAAGUUGUAAAUGCAAUAUCACCUAAACGUAAUUAAUGGAUUAUGCAGUUCAAGACAAACUUUAUCUCAUAACGUAACGAACAUGUAUAAUGUUGUAACAACAACUUUACACUGAUUUAAAGUAGCAGUCGGUUUAUAAGUGACGUUAUUGAUUCAUUUUGUGUUUUGUUAUUGUUGUCAAAAAGUAUAACGGAAGUGCCUCACAACUGAAGCGGAAACCAGUUUGAUGCGCAAAGUAGUCCACUGUAAGUAAUAUUUUUUGACAAAUGUCCACAGAAAUUAAUAAUUUUCUAAUAUUAAAGACGAAUAUCUGAAUAGGAUUCAUUAUUUGAUAAGAAAUUAUAAUCAUCGACAUGUUUUUUUUAAAAAUCGUACACGUGCUGACACCUAAGUUGUCUCCCGUUGUUUAUUAGAGUUACCUUUCGUCCGGCGCAGUAAUACAUUUGCAGUGAAUCGCCGAGAAGUCGUGGGAAAAUUAAAAACCAUGUAAACAAACUAAAAUUAACCACCUUUUCAAGAUGAAUUUCAAGUGAUCGACAUUCUGCAUUUAACCAGCCUGACCUGUGUAGCAUCUUAGAUAUCAGUUCUAAGGUAUUCAUUGUGUAGAAUGUCAUGUUAUGCCCUUGCAAUGCUAAUCCCACUCUGAUUUUUUUGUUUACAUUUUUUAUCAAUGAGAAAUAUGGCGUCCAUCCCGAGAUGAACUGACGUGGCGUUAAAUUUUUACAUGUUUAAGCAAACCUGGUGUGUGAGAAAGAAAAUCUUAUCCCUUCAACAUUAUUUGGAACACUGUUAUUGUGAAAAACCUGUUUUUUCCUUAUACAAAAGCGUAAUAUUUUGUGUUGAAUGUACUUUCACAAAGACCUCUGUUUUCCUAUUACAUUCAUAGUACCACAUCCUUAUCCACAAAAUACUGAAUAUUACAGGUGUCCAUCAGUAUUAAAUCAGUUUAGGAAUAUGUUUUUUAUUUUCCCACCAUUGAUUUCUUGAAUAUGCACCCCUUCCACAGUGCUGUAUGAACUGUGAAUGUAGCAAUAUGCGUCCCCUUAAGAAUAUUUAACGGAUUACAACCAUUUUAAGAUCAGAGAAUAUCUAGAACAAUGUAAAGUAUUUGAUGCUCGUCUUAAUGUCUUAAUCAAAAUAGCCUAAAAGUGGACUGACCUAUUUUGUCAAUUGUUUGUAAAAUUAUAAGGAAAGUGUAUCAAUUUAUACAACUAUAUCUAAACUCUAUACAGUUUUGACUGUUAUAUAUGAUCUUUGUUUAUUGACACAUAUAUAAAUAUAAAACUUC